UGAUACAGUGGAUAGUGUAGUUUUUGAGUUCGAUAACCUGUACCACAGGGUGAGAAGGGUCCCUUGGCGAACAUAUGCGACCUCGCGCCUUUCGCCCUGGUAUUCGAUAGGGUCAACUUGACAAAACAUUCUUAUUUGGGUAGCGUUGAGCUUAGCGCCAAGUAGUCAGAGAAAUACUGAAGAUAUGGCAACCGAUUCAAAGGCCGCGUUCAAGCCGGUUACACACGUGCUUUUUGACAUAGAUGGUCUGCUUCUGGACACAGAGUCGUUGUACACGGAGGCCACGCAACGGGUGACGCAGCGUUACGGCAAGGACUACACUUGGGAAAUCAAGGCAGCCGUGAUGGGCACUGCUGGGUCCGAGUCAACGCGCAUCAUCAUCGACAAGCUGCAGCUGCCGCUCACCGUGGAGCAACUCGAGGCCGAGCUGCACCAGAUGCAUGCAGAGCUCUUCCCCACUGCACAACUAAUGCCUGGUGAGGGGAAGCACUCAAUCAGUCAAUCGGUAUUCAUUCCACUGUUUUGCACAGGUGAAAAGGGGGAAUGGUGA